AGGCAGUUGUGGUUAAAGGCAAAGGACAACAUGCAAGAGCUGGCGAUAGCAGGCAGCAUGGCGACGCGGCGGUGGGCGUGCGGCGGCGUCCUGGCGGGCGCGAUCCUGCUCCUGACGGCGCGGCGCUCCGCAGCAGCGCCUGUUUUCGAGCACGACGUCCCCCACACGCAAGUCGGCGAGUACUACCUGCCACCGGACACCAACGGCUGCUACUACAACUUCGAGCACUACAACGAGGGCGACCGCAUCACGACAAACGAGCCGUGCCUGAACUGCACGUGCCACAACCGCAUGCUCAUGUGCUACCUGAGGGUGUGCCCCUUCUCCAAGGCCAUCGGGCAGGACUGCACUAUCGAGAAGAAACCAGACCAGUGCUGUCCUAUCAUCACCUGCCCUGAAGUGCCAGUGGAGAUUGUGACCAGUUCCACCACGACCGUCGCCCCGACGACUGCCCUCGGUCCCCACCGCGCCCACUACACCAACUGCAGCAAGGCACUGGGCCACCUGGACAACUACGGGUGCACCAUCGAGGGCACCUUCUACACGGACGGAACACAGGUGCCUGGCAACCCGAGCAAGCCAUGCGAGCUGUGUUACUGCAUCCGCAACAGGACGGCGUGCGUCAUGCAAGAGUGCACGCUCCACGUGGAGGGAUGCACACCCGUGUACGAGGAGGGCGUGUGCUGUCCCGUUCGCUAUGACUGCAAUUGCGAGGAGACGCCAGCGCUGCUCCCCACCGAGCCUCCGCCGACCACGUACCGCCCGACCACGCCCGGCCUGGUCUUCUCCACCACGCCCGGCCCGCUCGACUGCAAGCACGACGGCGAGACGGUGGCUGACGGCACCCGCAUCACCACGGAGGAGCCGUGCGAGCACUGCUACUGCAUGCGCGGGGACAUCGUGUGCGCGGUGCAGGAGUGCGGCAAGCCGCUCGAGAAGGAGGGGAGGAACUGCACGGCGCUUCCGCCCGCGCCCGGACGGUGCUGCCCGGAGCAGUACCAGUGUGAGUCAGACAAGCCUGAAUCCUCGAAGGAAAGGCAGAAUCGCAAACAUGAAAAUGAGAAUGGAACAUUACCAUUUGAUAUACUGUCCCAACAAGGAGAGAAUGCAACCACAGUGAAUCCUUUACAUGAAUCAAAAUUAACCACAAAGCAACACACAUUAACACCAGAACAAAAUAUGGCCACUGAAAACAUUAAACUACAGCAUGAAACUAUGACUCAUGGACCAAUAACAUCUACAACAAAUGAGUACAUGUUACCACAUUCGUCUAAGGGCGAAAAGGAAAUAUUAACAACAACAGGGCAAAUCACAGAAGGAAUUGAAAUGUCUCCAACAACAAUAAGGCAUGAUGUGACCAGUGGUGCAGUACCAAUUUUGCACGAGCAAACAAGUGAAAAUGUAUUCCAAACUCUUGAAACUAUAAUACCAGAAACAGAAAAUGUUAUGGAAACUAAGAAACAAGAAUAUUUUCCUGUGACAGAACCAAUAAGCCAAGGGUACAGCACUGAAAAAUUUAAUACAGGAAUACCAUUCAUUACAAAACAACCAGAACUAGAAUAUAAUACAGAAUAUAUAUCAGAGAAACAAAAUGGUAAAACUAAAAGUCCUUCAAAUGAAAACAAUAAAGAAACAACUAUAGGUACCACUAGUACAGAACCCCAUGGACAAACUACAAACAAAUACCUUGAGGCUGAAAAUACAGAGGCACCAGUUAUAACACACACAUUUGCAGUAGAACACAGCACAAAACAAGAAAACGAGGAAGAAAAACCAGUCAGAACAACUGUGCCUACCCAAGAAUAUAUCACCACACCUGCGACAAUUUCUACAUCUAGUUCGGAGGAAGGAAUUAUAAAGGAACAAACUACAGAGAUCAAACCUGAAGAGGUGACAGUCCCUACUGAACAAGAAAAGGAAUAUGGCACUGAAUCCACCAAACUAGAAGUACCUGAAAUCACACAAAAACCUGAAAUAGAGCACAACACACAAUAUCAGGAGGAAGAAAAACCAGCCGGAACAACUGUGCCUAUCCAAGAACACAUUACCACACCUGCCAAAAUUUCUACAUCCAGUUCAGAGAAAGGAAUUAUAAAGGAACAAACUACAGAGAUCAAACCUCAAGAGGUGACUGCUCCUUCUGAAAAAGAAAAGGAGUAUGGCACUGAAUCCUCCAAACUAGAAGAACCUGAAAUUACACCACUACCUGAAAUAGAGCACAGCACACUAUACAAAGAGGAAGAAAGACCAGUCGGAACAACUGUGCCUACCCAAGAAUAUAUCACCACUCCAGCCAAAAUUUCUACAUCUAGUUCUGAGGAAGGAAUUAUAAAGGAACAAACUACAAAGAUCAAACCUGAAGAGGUGACUGCUCCUACUGAACAAGAAAAGGAGUAUGGCACUGAAUCCUCCAAACUAGAAGAACCUGAAAUAACACAAAAACCUGAAAUAGAGCACAACACAAAAUCUCAAGAGGAAGAAAAACCAGCCAGAACAACUGUGCCUACCCAAGAAUAUAUCACAACACCAGCCACAAUUUCUACAUCUAGUUCUGAGGAAGGAAUUAUAAAGGAACAAACUACAGAGAUCAAAAAUGAAGAGGUGACUGCUCCUACUGAACAAGAAAAGGAAUAUGGCACUGAAUCCUCCAAACUAGAAGUACCUAAAAUCACACAAAAACCUGAAAUAGAGCACAAAACACAAUAUCAGGAGGAAGAAAAACCAGCCGGAACAACUGUGUCUAUCCAAGAACACAUUACCACACCUGGCAAAAUUUCUACAUCCAGUUCAGAGGAAGCAAUUAUAAAGGAACAAACUACAGAGAUCAAACCUGAAGAGGUGACUGCUCCUUCUGAAAAAGAAAAGGAGUAUGGCACUGAAUCCUCCAAACUAGAAGAACCUGAAAUUACACAACUACCUGAAAUAGAGCACAGCACACUAUACAAAGAUGAAGAAAGACCAGUCGGAACAACUGUGCCUACCCAAGAAUAUAUCACCACUCCAGCCAAAAUUUCUACAUCUAGUUCUGAGGAAGGAAUUAUAGAGGAACAAUCUACAGAGAUCAAACCUGAAGAGGUGACUGCUCCUACUGAACAAGAAAAGGAGUACGGCACUACUGAAGCCCUAAAACAUGGAUCAUCUGGAACUACACAACAACCUGAAAUAGAGCAUAUCACACAAUACAAAGAGGAAGAAACACCAGUCGGAACAACUGUGUCUACCCAAGAAUAUAUCACCACUCCUGCCAAAAUUUUUACAUCUAGUUCUGAGGAAGGAAUUAUAAAGGAACAAACUACAGAGAUCAAACCUGAAGAGGUGACUGUUCCUUCUGAAAAAGAAAAGGAGUAUGGCACUGAAUCCUCCAAACUAGAAGUACCUGAAAUCACACAAAAACCUGAAAUAGAGCACAACACACAAUAUCAAGAGGAAGAAAAACCAGCCGGAACUACUGUGCCUACCCAUGAAUACAUUACCACACCUGCAAAAAUUUCUACAGCUAGUUCUGAGGAAGGAAUAAUAAAGGAACAAACUACAGAGAUCAAACCUGAAGAGGUGACUGCUCCUAAUGAACAAGAAAAGGAGUAUGGCACUGAAUCAUCCAAACUAGAAGAACCUGAAAUUACACAACAACCCGAAAUAGAGCUCAGCACACAAUACAAAGAGGAAGAAAGACCAGUUGGAACAACUGUGCCUACCCAAGAAUAUAUCACAACAACUGCCAAAAGUUCUACAUCUAGUUCUGAGGAAGGAAUUAUAAAGGAAAUAACUACAGAGAUCAAACCUGAAGAGGUGACUGCUCCUUCUGAAAAAGAAAAGGAGUAUGGCACUGAAUCCUCUAAACUAGAAAAACCUGAAAUUACACAACAUGAAAUAGAGCACAUCACACCAUACAAAGAGGAAGAAAGACCAGUCGGAACAACUGUGCCUACCCAAGAAUAUAUCACCACAACUGCCAAAAUUUCUACAACUAGUUCUCAGGAAGGAAAUAUAAAGGAACAAUCUACAGAGAUCAAACCUGAAGAGGUGACUGCUCCUACUGAACAAGAAAAGGAGUACGGCACUACUGAAGCCCCAAAACUAGGAUCAUCUGGAACUACACAACAACCUGAAAUAGAGCAUAUCACACAAUACAAAGAGGAAGAAACACCAGUCGGAACAACUGUUUCUACCCAAGAAUAUAUUACCAUACCUGCCAAAAUUUCUACAUCUAGUAUUGAGGAAGGAAUUAUAAAGGAAAUAACUACAGAGAUCAAACCUGAAGAGGUGACUGCUCCUUCUGAAAAAGAAAAGGAGUAUGGCACUGAAUCCUCCAAACUAGAAGAACCUGAAAUUACACAACUACCUGAAGUAGAGCACAGCACACUAUACAAAGAGGAAGAAAGACCAGUUGGAACAACUUUGCCUACCCAAGAAUAUAUCACCACUCCUGCCAAAAUUUCUACAUCUAGUUUGGAGGAAGGAAUUAUAAAGGAACAAACUACAGAGAUCAAACCUGAAGAGGUGACUGCUCCUUCUGAAAAAGAAAAGGAGUAUGGCACUGAAUCCUCCAAACUAGAAGAACCUGUAAUUACACAACUACCUGAAAUAGAGCAUAGCACACUAUACAAAGAGGAAGAAAGACCAGUCGGAACAACUGUGCCUACCCAAGAAUAUAUCACCACUCAUGAAAUCACACAAAAACCUAAAAUAGAGUACAACACACAAUAUCAAGAGGAAGAAAAACCUGCCGGAACUACUGUGCCUACCCAUGAAUACAUUACCACACCUGUCAAAAUUUCUACAGCUAGUUCUGAGGAAGGAAUUAUAAAGGAACAAACUACAGAGAUCAAACCUGAAGAGGUGACUGCUCCUUCUGAAAAAGAAAAGGAGUAUGGCACUGAAUCCUCCAAACUAGAAGAACCUGAAAUUACACAACUACCUGAAAUAGAGCACAGCACACUAUACAAAGAGGAAGAAAGACCAGUCGGAUCAACUUUGCCUACCCAAGAAUAUAUCACCACUCCUGUCAAAAUUUCUACAUCUAGUUUGGAGGAAGGAAUUAUAAAGGAACAAACUACAGAGAUCAAACCUGAAGAGGUGACUGCUCCUUCUGAAAAAGAAAAGGAGUAUGGCACUGAAUCCUCCAAACUAGAAGAACCUGUAAUUACACAACUACCUGAAAUAGAACACAGCACACUAUACAAAGAAGAAGAAAGACCAGUCGGAACAACUGUGCCUACCCAAGAAUAUAUCACCACUCAUGAAAUCACACAAAAACCUGAAAUAGAGCACAACACACAAUAUCAAGAGGAAGAAAAACCUGCCGGAACUACUGUGCCUACCCAUGAAUACAUUACCACACCUGCAAAAAUUUCUACAGCUAGUUCUGAGGAAGGAAUUAUAAAGGAACAAACUACAGAGAUCAAACCUGAAGAGGUGACUGCUCCUUCUGAAAAAGAAAAGGCGUAUGGCACUGAAUCCUCCAAACUAGAAGAACCUGUAAUUACACAACUACCUGAAAUAGAGCACAGCACACUAUACAAAGAGGAAGAAAGACCAGUCGGAACAACUGUGCCUACCCAAGAAUAUAUCACCACUCAUGUAAUCACACAAAAACCUGAAAUAGAGCACAACACACAAUAUCAAGAGGAAGAAAAACCUGCCGGAACUACUGUGCCUACCAAUGAAUACAUUACCACACCUGCCAAAAUUUCUACUGCUAGUUCUGAGGAAGGAAUUAUAAAGGAAAUAACUACAGAGAUCAAACCUCAAGAGGUGACUGCUCCUUCUGAAAAAGAAAAGGAGUAUGGCACUGAAUCCUCCAAACUAGAAGAACCUGAAAUUACACAACUACCUGAAAUAGAGCACAGUACACUAUACAAAGAGGAAGAAAGACCAGUCGGAACAACUGUGCCUACCAAAGAAUAUAUCACCACUCCUGUCAAAAUUUCUACAUCUAGUUCUGAGGAAGGAAUUAUAAAGGAACAAACUACAGAGAUCAAACCUGAAGAGGUGACUGCUCCUACUGAACAAGAAAAGGAAUAUGGCACUGAAUCCUCCAAACUAGAAGUACCUGAAAUCACACCAAAACCUGAAAUAGAGCAUAACACACAAUAUCGAGAGGAAGAAAAUUCAGCCGGUACAACUGUGCCUAUCCAAGAAUACAUUACCACACCUGCCAAAAUUUCUACAUCCAGUUCAGAGGAAGGUAUUAUAAAGGAACAAACUACAGAGAUCAAACCUGAAAAGGUGCCUGCUCCUACUGAACAAGAAAAGGAGUAUGGUACAGAAACUUCUAAACUAGAAGUACCAGAAACUACAUUAAAACCGGAAAUAGAAUACAGCACACAAAUUGUUAAAGAUGAGACUCCUUCAGAUGAAGAGCAGUUUACAAAUACCAAAAGACCUGAAGCUAUGGCAACAGAACCCUUAAUGGCUGAGGCGCCUGAGACAACUACCCUCCCAGGUUACUUCUACCCACAUCCACCUCAGAGCUCUAACUUCCCACCUGGCCCAUUGGGAAUUGUGCCUACCACUGUUCAACCUGAGCAAGGAAUAGUACCAGGCGAAGGUAAUUGUUUACUCGAAGGGACCACAUACAAAAACAAUUCUGCGAUCCCUCCCGCAAAUGUUUGCCAUGAGAGUUGCCGUUGUGUGAGCAGCAUCAUUCAGUGUGAACACAUCACCUGCCCACCUCUGCCACACAACUUCACCAACUGCGUACCUGUUCAAAGGCCCAACGAAUGCUGCCCUACAUACAUCUGUGAUGAGAAAAAUAAAAUAGAACUGGAAAUGGAAAAUCAAGUUAUGGAAAAAGUAACUACAACUCAGACACCAUUUCCAGAAAAACCACAAGGAGCAGAGGAAGGGACAAAGAAAAUACUUAGUUCAACUACAACAGAACAUUUAGAAAAUAAAAAAUCAGAGCACAUGACAACCUUAUCAGAAAUACAGACCCAAGCACCAGGUGUAUCACAAACAAUAACAUCUGAACUUCCCAAGGCAGCAGAGGGACCAGGUGCAACUACUUCGAAAGUGGUUGAACACAUUACUGAAGCUGGUGUGCAAAAAAUUACUUCUGCUUCAACAGAAGCCCAGGCACCUGGUGCAUAUCCCACAGACGUUUCUGGAGUAUCCAAAGAAGAAGGACCUGGAGCCACAACAUCUAAAGUUCAAGAAGAAUACACUGAAACAAUUAGGCCAGAAGAAACACCAUCCACUAAUGAGGCUCAACAGCAUGGUGUUACGUUACCAGAAGGUGCACAAACUCCAAUGACCGCUCAAAUAGAAACUUCAGAGUCACCAAAGGCAGAAGAUAGACCAGGUGUAACUACUUCUGAAGGGAUUGAACACAUUACGGAAGCUGGUGUGCCAAAAGUUACUUCUGCUUCAACACAAGCCCAGGCACCUGGUGCAUAUUCAACAGAAGUUUCUGGUGUGCCCAAAGAAGAAGGACCUGGAGCUACAACAUCUAAAGUUCAAGAAGAAAACACUGAAUUAAUUAGGCCAGAAGUAACACCAUCCUCUAUUGAGGCUCAAGAACCUGGUGUUAAGUUACCAGAAGGUGCACAAACUCCAAAAACCACACAAAUAGAAACUUCAGAGUCACCAAAGGCAGAAGAAAGACCAGGUGCAACUACUUCUGAAGGGAUUGAACACAUUACGGAAGCUGGUGCGCCCAAAGUUACUUCUGCUUCAACAGAAGCCCAAGCAACUGGUGCAUAUCCGACAGAAGUUUCUGGAGUACCAAACGUUGAAGGACCUGGAACCACAACUUCUAAAGUUGAAGAAGAAAGCACUGAAAAAAUUAGGCCAGCAGUAACAACAUCCUCUAAUGAGGCUCAAGAAACUGGUGUCAAGUUACCAGAAGGUGCACAAACUCCAAUGACCGCUCAAAUAGAGACUUCAGAGUCACCAAAGGCAGAAGAGAGACCGAGUGUCACUACUUCUGAUGGGAUUGAACACAUUACUGAAGCUGGUGUGCCAAAAGUUACUUCGGCUUCAACAGAAGCCCAGGCACCUGGUGCAUAUCCUACAGAAGUUUCUGGAGUAUCCAAAGAAGAAGGACCUGGAGCCACAACAUCUAAAGUUCAAGAAGAAUACACUGAAACAAUUAGGCCAGAAGAAACACCAUCCACUAAUGAGGCUCAACAGCAUGGUGUUACGUUACCAGAAGGUUCACAAACCCCUAUGACCGCUCAAAUAGAAACUUCAGAGUCACCAAAGGCAGAAGAGAGACCAAGUGCAACUACUUCUGAAGGGAUUGAACACAAAACUCAAGCUGGUGAACCAAAAGUUACUUCAACUUCAACGGAAGCCCAGGCACCUGGUGCAUAUCCUACAGAAGUUUCUGGAGUACCCAAAGAAGAAGGACCUGGAGCCACAACUUUUAAAGUUGAAGAAGAAAGCACUGAAAUAAUUAGGCCAGAAGUAACACCAUCCUCUAAUGAGGCUCAAGAACAUGGUAUUACGUUACCAGAAGGUGCACAUACUCCUGUGACCACUCAAAUAGAAACUUCGGAGUCACCAAAGGCAGAAGAGAGACCGGUUGCAACUACUUCUGAAGAGAUUGAACACCUUACUGAAGCUGGCUCGCCAAAAGUUACUCCUGCUUCAACAGAAGCCCAGGCACCUGGUGCAUAUCCUACAGAAGUUUCUGGAUUACCCAAAGUAGAAGGACCUGGAGCUACAACUUCUAUAGUUGAAGAAGUAAACACUGAAUUAAUUAGGCCAGAAGUAACACCAUCCUCUAUUGAGGCUCAAGAACCUGGUGUUACAUUACCAGAAGGUGCACAAACUCCUGUGACCGCUCAAAUAGAAACUUCAGAAUCACCAAAGGCAGAAGAGAGACCAGGUGUAACUACUUCUGAAGGGAUUGAACACAUUACGGAAGCUGGUGUACCAAAAGUUACUUCUGCUUCAACACAAGCCCAGGCACCUGGUGAAUAUUCGACAGAAGUUUCUGGAGUACCAAAAGAAGAAGGACCUGUAGCCUCAACUUCUAAAGUUGAAGAAGGAAUCACUGAAAAAAUUGGGCCAGAAGUAACACCAUUCUCUAAUGAGGCUCAAGAACCUGGUGUUACUUUACUAGAAGGUGCACAAACUCCUGUGACAGCUCAAAUAGAAACAUCAGAGUCACCAAAGGCAGAAGAAAGACCAGGUGCAACUACUUCUGAAGGGAUUGAACACAUUACGGAAGCUGGUGUGCCAAAAGUUACUUCUGCUUCAACACAAGCCCAGGCACCUGGUGAAUAUCAGACAGAAGUUUCUGGAGUACCAAAAGUUGAAGGACCUGGAGCCACAACUUCUAAAGUUGAAGAAGAAAACACUGAAAAAAUUAGGCCAGAAGUAACACCAUCCUCUAAUGAGGCUCAAGAACCUGGUGUUACGUUACCAGAAGGUGCACAAACUCCAAAAACCGCUCAAAUAGAAACUUCAGAGUCACCAAAGGAAGAAGAAAGACCAGGUGAAACUACUUCUGAAGGGAUUGAACACAUUACAGAAGCUGGUGUACCAAAAAUUACUUCUGCUUCAACAUCUGGUGAAUAUUCGACAGAAGUUUCUGGAGUACCAAAAGAAGAAGGACCUGGAGCCUCAACUUCUAAAGUUGAAGAAGAAAGCACUGAAAACAUUAGGCCAGAAUUGACACCAUCCUAUAAUGGGGCUCAAGAACCUGGUGUUACUUUACCAGAAGGUGCACAAACUCCUGUGACCGCUCAAAUAGAAACUUCAGAGUCACCAAAGUUUGAAGAGAGACCAGGUGCAACUACUUUUGAAGGGAUUGAACACAUUACGGAAGCUGGUGUACCAAAAAUUACUUCUGCUUCAACACCUGGUGAAUAUUCGACAAAUGUUUCUGGAGUACCAAAAGAAGAAGGAUCUGGAGCCUCAACUUCUAAAGUUGAAGAAGAAAUCACUGAAAAAAUUGGGCCAGAAGUAACACCAUCCUCUAAUGAGGCUCAAGAACCUGGUGUUACUUUACCAGAAGGUGCACAAACUCCAAUGACCGCUCAAAUAGAAACUUCAGAAUCACCAAAGGCAGAAGAAAGACCAGGUGCAACUACUUCUGAAGGGAUUGAACACAUUACGGAAGCUGGUGUACCAAAAGAAGAAGGACCUGGAGCCACAACUUCUAAAGUUGAAGAAGAAAUCACUGAAACAAUUAGGCCAGAAGUAACACCAGCAACAACAGGAACAAAGUCACCAAGUGUAUAUCCAUCUGAAGUUUCUGAAAUACCCAAAGAAGAAAUACCUGGUGCAACAACUUCUGAAGGUGCAGAACAUAUAACUGAAGUUGAUCUUCAGCCCGAAAUAAGUUCAGCCACUACCGAAGCUCAAGCCUCAGGGGUACUUCCAACUGAAAUUUCUGGAAUUUAUACAGAAGGACAAAAGACGAGUACAACAGGCCACAUUACUGAAGCUGUUGAACCAGAAGUAAUAUCAGCCUUAACUGAGGCAAAUGCACCAAGUAUUAUUUCAACAGUAAUUCCUGAGAUUUCUAAAGAAGAAUUAAAGCCCGGUGCAACAAUACUUGAAGGUGCAGAAAAAGUUACUGAAGCUUUUCAACCAGAAUUGACAACAGGUUCAACAGAGGCUAAAGCACCAGGUGUAAUUCCAACAGAAAUUCCUGAAAUUCCUAAAGAAGAAAUGCCAGUAUCAACCAAGAUUGAAGGUGCAGAACAAGUAACUGAAGCAAUUCAGCCAGAAUUAACAACCGGCUCAACUGAGUCACAGUCACCAGAUGUCAUAACAACUGAAGUUUACAAAGAAAAGCCAGGUCCAGCAACACAUGAAGUUUCGGAACAAGUCUCUGAAGCUGUAACUAUUACUGAAGGGAACGAACAUAUUACUGAAGGUGUCAAGCAGGAAGGAACAUCAAUCUCAACUGAAACACAGGCACCAGGUGAACUUCCAACCGAAAUUCCUGGAGUUCCCAAAGAAGAAGAAAGGCCUGGCACAACUUCGGAAAGGGCAGAAAAUAUAACUGAAACUCCUGGAGUUUCCACAGAACAAAGGCCUAUAAAACUAGAAGCUACAACUGCAAUUAAUGAGGUUGAGGCAGAAACACCAGUUGUUUUUUCAACGGAAGCAACUGGAGUUUCUAAAGGUGAAACUAGUGAAACUGUUCCUGUGGAGGCUGAACAUACCACUGAAGAAGCACAGGCAGAAACAUCACCAGCUUUAAUCAAGGAAGAAAUAACACCAGCAACUUCCGUAUCAUCACAAGAACCAGGUGAAAGUGAAACCGAAAUGCCAGUAUUUUCUACAGUUGAAGGUGUACCAGCUGCAACAAAUGCACCUGAAUAUGCUACUGAAAAAGAAAAACUUGAGCAAAAACCAAGUGAAGAGACACCUACAAAUAAUUUAGAGAUCACAUCAGUUGGGCCUGAAUCUGUAUCACAUGAGAACUUUUCCGUUGUAACAACACCUGAAAGUGCAGAAUACAUUACUGUAGGUGUUAAAACAGAGGAAAUAACAGUCUCAACAGAGGCAAAAGCACCAGGUGUAAUUCCAACAGAAAUUCCUGAAAUUCCUAAAGAAGAAGUGCCAGUUGCACCAACAACAGGUGCAACUUACACAGAAGAACCUGAGCAAGUUACUCAGGUUUCAGGUUUUGAAGUGUCAUCUACUGAAAUCAAAAUGGAAGGAGUCAAAGGAGAAAAUGAACAGACAACAGAAGCUGGAACUGUAACACAAGUACAUGAAUAUGUGACUGCUCCUAAGGUGAAGGAGACAACAACUGUUGGUGCUCAAAAUGAAACUGUAUAUUAUGAGACAGGUGCAACAAAAGAACCCAGUACUACCGCCGCAGGAUAUGUUACUGAGAAAGCAACUUCUACCAUGAGUGUAACGAAAGAACAAGAAUAUAUUUCGGAGGGUGGUAAAACAGAAGUUACUCCUGGAGAAUCUCAGACAGGAGCCCCUGCAAAAGAAACGUCCGGUGUUACAGAAAUUGGAGAAGUGACGGUUGGAGUGCAGGUUACUGAAAGACAAGAACAAGUAACAGAAGCAGCUAAAAUACCAACACCAGAACAUGUCACCAAAGGUGAAGUGAUUGAGACAUCCAUUACUGAAGGUAUUGAACAUAUAACAACAAUCAAAGAGCAUUCUACAGAGAGUCCGAAACCUGAAAUACAGUUAACAAGUGCAAGGCCAGAACUUCCACAAGUCCCAAAAAAUACCACAUAUGUUUCUACACCUCCUUCAGCAAUAAAUGUUAGUUCUGUGGAACCAGGGCAAGAAGAGCAAUUUCCUGAACAGAUGCCUGAACAAAUUCAUAUGCAACCACUUGAAAACAUUACAACCUCAACACCUGAAUUUCCUACUGCAGGGUACAACUUCACCACAUCUAGUCCUUACUUCCAACCUGUUGUCACACAGCAUACUACUGAAUACAUCCAAGCACCCUAUCCAGACCACGAAUCACUUGUACCACCAAACAAUGCAUACCUACCACCAUCACCAUCACAUGGUGAAGAAUACGAAGAAGACGACGAACCGACUGCUUUCGGACCAGGAACAUGUCGCUAUGCUGGAAAGGUGUACGUUUCCGCCCAGCAGAUACCAAGAGACGACCCGUGUGAUUUCUGCUUCUGCUUCCGUGGUGAUAUAAUCUGCCUGCAACAGAGCUGCCCACCACCAAUCCCUAACUGCCGUGAGGAGCCAAUUGAAGGCUUUUGCUGUCCUCGCUACGAAUGUCCAGUGUCGAUGGUAACCGUCAUGAACACAUCCACAACCACAACUACCACAACUACAACUCUACCACCCCAUUUCUUCUCUCAUGCCUACAAGGGCACAGCGAGAAGAACUGGGUGUCUGGUGCAAGGAAAAGGACAUAGAGUGGGAGAAGUAGUGGAGUCAGCUUCCGGCCCCUGUUUACUGUGCAGGUGCGGUGGAGACGGACGUAUGCAGUGCGAACCGCAGGUCUGCAACCCACAACCGAUGCUCAAACAAAUGAUCUUAGCUGCAGCAUCACGUCGCAGAUGAAGCCAGCUGGGAGAUUAACAUAAUGAUUUCUCUAAUGCCACAUGGUCAGUGGGGGCACUGAAGUCGAGCCCUGCUGCAACCAACUGAAGUAACAAGAAGCUGGUCAACUCAUCACAGCCAACUAGGAAGACUGAACUGAAGUGCUUUUUUUUUUGCAGCAGACUGUAAUCAUUGGUGCCAAAUCUACUGUGAAGGAACCAGAUGUACCCUUCCCCCCUCCUUUCUUUUUUAAAUUACAUGAUCACUAUGUACUGUGCCUUUAGUGUGGCCUAUUAUUAUAUACCAACACUUUCGUAAAAGGCACAAAAAUUGUCAGAAACAGCGCAAGAAACAGACGAUGCGAAAAUAAUUUACAGUGAAAAUGUUUUUUAUUACUCAGUGUACAUGUUACAGAGAAGGAAAGGCAAGGUGUUGAGUGUAUUAUAUAAUCAUGUACAAAAACCCUAUUUUCAAUUCUCAAUGAACAAUAUGUGAUUGUCAGACUGAAAACUCAUCUACGUAAUACUAGAAGGAACAGUGUAUAUUCUGUGCGCGUGAAAAAAAAAAACUUUGUAGAUUUACAGAUGAUUUUCUAGGUGUAUUGCACCAUCAGUUGUAUUGGUUUAUGCGCCAUAUUAUGUUGUAAGAGACAGUUAUCCAAUGGAUACGAAAAAAAUUUUAAGUAGUUAGAUUCUCUACAGUUUUUCUUCAUGAUUCUGAGGGGUCAUCUGAUCCCUAUUUGCUGAAUGUUUCAGUACUUAAUUGUUUAUAAUUCUUUGAAUGUAAAAAUCUGUAAAUUAAAAUGUUUUAAGAUUAAUUAACUUAAUGGCCGUUUCAAGUGUCAUGAAGAAAUGGCCCAAGUGGUUUGACAGGUAGAAAAAAAGUGUUUCCAUUCAAGCAAUUCUUCAUAGAUACAAGCAGAUUGUAUAUCUCUAACUGACUAAAACUAGAUUUCAUUUUCUACCUCUUGAACAUUUGGACCGAAAAAAUUUUGUACAUUUUUUUCACAUUAUCUACAACUUUAUAGAUAUUGCUUAGUAUUUUUGUAGUAUUUAUAAUAUUAUACAUAUGUAAUUAUGUGAUUCUUUGCACAAAUGGGAAAAAAUUGAAGAAUGUGAGCGUUUAGCACAUGAAUUUUGUAAAAAAAACAUUUUCUAUUUGUGAUGAGAAUUUCUUUUUUACAAAUAAAAGACAUUUUUAUGUGAUGUGC